AUGCUCAUCCCUGAAGUGAAGGAGGUUGUUCGACCAGGAGACGCUCCUACCGGUCGCCUGGCCGUCAUCGUCGGGAUCGAGUCCCACAUCUGCGUCCUCCAAACCGCCCUCGAGCUUCUCAAGCUUCGCGAAGAAGUGGUCGUCAUCGCUGAUGGUGUUUCAAGUUGUAAUCCCGAAGAAGUCCCUAUCGCUCUCGCGACGAUUCGUCAAGCCGGUGGCGUAGUCCUCACUUCCGAAUCAUUUCUGUACAUGAGCAUGGGCGAUGCCGCAUCCCCAUCGUUCAAAGCUUUGUCAAAGUUGGUAAAAGAGACGAAGGACGAAACUCGCGAGACUUUGAAGGCGCUCCUCCCUGUUCCGCAGUCUCCUCAAGCACCAAAACUGUAA